GUAGGCAUGUCGCUUUUCGACGUGAAGAAGGUGGAGAAGGCGAUGGAGGAGGCGGCGAAGGCGGCGAAGGAGGCAGCGAAGCUGCUCGAGGCACCCAAAUCACGAAAGUCGGGCUCGUUGCCAACACCAGGCGGCCCCUCCCUCGGGUCGUCCUCUGCUAACCAGCGGCAGGGAAAACGUACCAGCGAGAAGGUGACCAAGAAGAUUGAGAGCGUGUACGGGCAGGCUGUGUUGGCGAGCCGGGAGGCCUUCAAGAGCCUGGAGGUAAGUUACGAUUUGGGAGGGCUGUACGGACCUUUCCUGUGGCUUCACUCAUUAACACCUGCAACAUAAAAGCGCUGUGGUUGUACGUUUGGAUUGCCGACCUUUACCAUGUGGCAACUUUGUUACACGCUGCCCCCCCCCCCCCCCCGCACACACAGCCCUCGGUGAUGGAGGCAAACGACUUGAAGAUCAUCAAAGACAUGGGGGAGCACAUCCGGUGCCUGCUGGGCGUGGGACAAGGUGCGCCCAUGGAGACAGUGAAGGCCAGGCUGCGGCAGGCGGUGCAAGUGAAGGCUAAGAACAUGCGCCGAUGCAGCAAGCCAAAAGACGUGAACCUGGACACGGUCGAUGAGGAGGAAGGCCUGCAGCCGGCAUCACCAUCAGCACCGGGUGAGGAGGAGGAGCCAGCCACGCCCGAGGUGCCCAAGCCGUACAUGUGGGCUAAGCUGCCUGGAGGGGACACGGAGAAGUACGCUGCGGCUGACAACCACCUCGACUGGCUGGCGGACUUCGACAUAGGGGACAACGCAGGGUGCAUCCUUGUGGGAAGCCUGGACAAGGACGAGUUGGUUCCGGUAACACUUGGCUGCGGCCUGCUGCUGGACCCACUGGUAAGUAGCCUUGCUGGGCUUUUACAUCUGUGUCGUUACGUUCUGGCUGGUGCCGCAAGUAUGCUGCACCCCCUUGAGCUCAUCUCUUGCAACAGUCGCAUACCUUCUGUCCUGGCAACCCCAUGCGCAAAACCAAGGUUUGUUCGAUUGUAUGUUCCCGCACUGACGUGUUAGGACGCCAAGACCGACCCGGCGGCUACCGUUGACGUCCUGGUCUUUGGCAUCAACACUAACGUCAAGCGCACCAAGAACGCUUACAUGCCGUCCAGUGUGGGCGGCAAGACUAGCACCUUUGCGCUGGAGGAGAAGGACAAAGACGGCAAGCUGGUACGCAAGCUUGCAAGGUCCCAGACGGUCAAGUGGCCUGUCAUGGGCAUCCUGCCCACAUUCAAUGGUAGCACCGGCAUAACGGUGUCCAUGACUUUCUACGGGACUCGCGAGAAGGACAUCGCCACCAUCAAGACGUGCCUAGCGCAGAAGCGGCAGGCACGCGCUGUUGAGGGGAAGUAGUAGAAUGCGUAGGCUUGUGUGGCGUACAGCGUCCUUGGUUUUACCCCUUUACUCCCUGGACGGAUGGCCACAUAGUGAGGAUCAUAAUACGACUCUGAGAUGCACAAAGGAAGCACACCGGUGCAUGGCAUGGGGAAGGCAUCUGGACCAACGAGACAGCGUAUUGCCUGUUGUGACCAUGUGCGUCGCAGAUGGAUGCUUUGCGUUAAACAGACUGUACCUAUGUAUUUCACAUCAUGCCGUCGAAAUGACAAUUCGGCCCAGGUGCAUAGGGCAUAGCGUGGGGGAGCGUGUUGUGUUCAGUUGCAUUACCGCAUAGCAUUACGUUAGGACACCCGUUUUUACCAACACACAUGUUGCUUCAUGUUGGAGACUCAGUAAUUGGCUUUGGAGUUGCUUGGUGGCAGAGUGAAGGAGCUAACCUGUCAUACGGCAUAUAUAUUCCUCUACUUGUUUUGGAUGUUAACUGGGCAGGCCCUCAUCUGGGGCGUAGUGCCAACACCUGAAGAAUGACGAAAUCAAAGAAGAGCAUAAGAGCCCUAACUUCUUGCUUGUUGUGAAUGAAUGGUUGACAGUUACAAUAGUUCGUGUUGUGUCCUUCUGUCAUGGUGCUGCCAAGCAGCAUUCAACCGUCAACUGGGCUCCUCAUUGGCCCUUUUUAACCUGACGACCCCUGUUUACCUAAUCAGUCAGCACACGGGCUCCCAGCUAAUCCCUUUUUAUCUAAUCCGUCAGCACUCGUGCACGGCUCCCAG